CUUCUUCCUCUCGCUUACCUUGUGAAGCACUGAUAGCCGGGCAUCCGCCUCUCCCUUCCCCUCGGGCUGCGCGCCUCUCCACCGAACACAUCCCUCGACCAAGAUGUUGCGUUCCGCCGGCCGCGUCGCCGCGGUGGCCCUGUUGGCCCUCUUCGCGCUAGGCUGCGUGUCUGCUGCCGCCAAGCCCUCCACCGACCGCCUGGUCGCGGCCAUCAAGUCGAAGAACCUCUCCGCGGUGGUCGACGCGCUGUCGGUCAAGGGCCUGGACGUGAACACGCCCGACUCGACGCGCCGCCUGCCUCUGGUCGAGGCCGCUCGCUCCCGCGAUGCCCGCCUGGUGGGGGCGCUGCUGGACCAGGGCGCGCUGGCGCGUGUGAGCGACGGCACCACCACGCCGCUUCACCUGUCCAUGCAGGGCGGCAGUGCAGCCAUCGUGAAGCUGCUGCUGGCCCACGGAGCCGACCCCAACGCGAAGGACAAGACCGGCGCCUCCGCGCGCUCCACCGCCGCCGCCGUCAAGGAGCUGGCGGACCUGCUGAAGCAGUGGGACGCCCGUGGCGCCAUGGCGUUUGAGGACGAGCCCGGUGCCUGGAUCCGCGAGGAGCGCGACGGCCAGUCCUACUACUGGAAGCCCGCCAAUGGCGAGAGCCGCUGGGCAGUGCCUCCCAGCUGCGCCUGGCAGCGGGUCACGGUGCAGGGCCACCCCAUCAAGUACAUCAACUCCCUGACCGGCCAGGAGACCACCCGCGUUCCGCCCGCCCUGGCCUGGGCCCGCGUCACCGCCGCCGACGGCUCCGCGCUGUGGCUGAACUGGGCCUCGCGCGUCGCCUCCGCCGCCGCCACCGCCCCCGCCGAGCUGCCUGCCGAGCUGGCGGCUGAGCUGGCCAUGCACCCCAACCGCCGCUGGUACAACACAGCCACGCGGGAGUACGUGUACACCGACCCCGCCUACGCCACACCCUGGCGCGAGCUAGUGGACGAGGCCUCCGGCGCGCCCUUCUUCUUCAACGUGGAGACCGGCGACACCACCUGGGAGCUGCCCGCUGCCCUGGCCUGGACCGAGGUCAUCGAAUCCAGUUCCGGCGCGGAUGGCGAGUCUGGAUCCGGAUCCGAGGCCGGCCCCCGCUACUUCCACAACACCGUGAGCGGCGAGGUAGCCUGGUCGGCGCCCGAGGGCAGCCGCCACGUGUUUGUGGAGGCCAGCGCCGCGGACCUGUGAGCAGCAGGAGGCGGAACAGAGUUUUGAAUGGAGUUGGACGGAAGCCAGCAGCACGCACGCACGCGUUUACCGCACACACGACACGGCAGUGUCAGGCGUGCUUACAAGAUAGACAGGUCCUGUUCCGUUUGCACGGCAAAGCUGGCAUGCGUGUGUGUGACACACGUUAUGGUGUCUGAUAUGUCAAUCGCCGAAUUGGUUUGGCGGGAUAUGAUGUGAUGCACGAAGUGUGAUGCACAAAGUGUGAUGCACGAAGUGAGCCCCUUAACACAUCAUGAGAUAGAACCCGCAUACGAGCCAGAAGGCAGUCGUGUAACGAGAACGCCACCAAAGCCGUCAAUGCCCGAGGCCUCAAUAUUGGCCUUGUGGGGUUAACGACGAUGGUGACGCAAUCACGCAACAAAUGCGCACGAUGCCAAAAGAGGGUGUCGGAGCUAGCAGGCAACAGGUACUGGUCUCCCCACCAGAACGCUCCUGGAUGUAGGUGCUGGGCCAUGAUAAGUGAAUGGUCUACGCCUCCCACAUCGAGGUCUAAAAUCCUCCCUUGCC